AUGGCUCAUCUUGAUGAAUUCAGAGAAUUUUUCCGCACUAAUCCUUACCACGUGACUGGAGUUGUCGAAAUCUGGCUCAAUGACGCUACUGGGGACCAACAAGUCGAACUGCCAAGAUAUACCAUUCUGAGGGUUGAUCGGCACAAUAAGGGAGGAGGCGGCGUGGCGAUGUAUAUCAAGAAAGAACUCAACUUCCGUCUACUAAGCUCAUCCGCUGGAGAUGGGCAGGUAAUCAUUCCAGAAUAUUUGAUAGCAGAAAUCUGGGGCCCGUCACAAUACAAGAUCAUGGUUGCUGUUGUCUACAGACCACCGAAAGUGGGAUACAUGUGGGACUUUAAUGCAGAUUUUCAAACAACAAAUGAUAAAGCAGUAAGACUGAGAGACCUCUUUGAUACGUCCGGACUGAGUAUUGUACCAUUACAGCUAACCAAUCAUUCAGCACAAGCGAGCACUUGGAUUGAUGUAUGCGCAGUCAGUCACCUAGCUAAACUUUACGCCUGGGGUCAAUCAGGUCAACCUUUCCUAUCAUCUCACGACCUUAUCUACAUCUGCCUCAGAUACAAACACCCAAAACCGGCAAGACGGAUCAUUAAAUGCCUAUCAUGGAAAGAGAUUGACUCUGAUGCAGCCACAGAACUGAUCAAUAGAAGAAAACAUGAGCUGGAUGGUACUAACGGUACUCAGCAAUCACUAGACCAGCACCUAGACAAGCUGAAUUGCCUGGUUCAGGAAAUCAUCAACCAAUGUGUUCCAGUUCAAGAGUUUGUAGCAAAGCAUUGCCCAACCCCUUGGUUAACACAGGAAUUGAGUGAGAAACGUAAAGAGAGAGACAAAUGCUACAGACGAUUCAAAAGAAAUGGCCGCUGUGAAGCAUGGGAGUCUUACAUUCAAAUACGCAGACAAGCACAGUCUUUAUGGAAAAAAGAGCAGGCAAACUAUCUACAAUCAGUUUUCAAUCACUCAGGUCACACAAGGCAGUUUUGGGAUGAAAUGGACAGACUUGGUCUCACGGUGGCUUCAACAAAGUCGCGAGGGGCGCUGAACUUUAAUAUCGAGGCAUUCAACAAUUACUAUGCAACAAUAAUUGCAGGCAGGAAGCUUCCACCGCUCGACGGCCUAUUGACUAGUUUGAGCCGAGUGCAGGCCAACGAAAAUUUUCAUUUUACCCAUGCCAAUAUCGAUGACGUCAUGAAACAUCUUGCAGCUGGCACCUCUAGAGCGACUAGGAUUGAUGGACUAUCUGCGCAAGCACUGAAAAUGCUGAAGAAUCUGAUUGCCCCGCUUAUUACGGAGCUAAUAAAUAACUCCCUGGACACUUGCUGCUACCCGACUCAAUGGCGAUCGUCUCUAAUCACGCCAAUACCGAAAAUUCUAAGCCCAGAGUCGCUGUCGGACCUGCGGCCAAUAUCUAUCCUAUGCGGCAUGUCGAAAAUCUGUGAACGCAUUGUCUUUGAUCAAAUGCUCAAAUAUGUUGAUGACCAUGAUAUUCUUGAUCCUUAUCAAACUGGCUUCAGGCCCGGUAUGGGCACACAGACAGCUGUCCUAAGAUUUUCAGAUGAUGUACGUGCUGCAAUAGACGAACAGAUGAUGACCAUAGCUGUGUUCCUGGAUUUUGCAAAAGCAUUCGACUCGGUAGAUCACAAACUGCUGUUGACCAAGCUGCGCAGACUAGGCUUCUCAACGGAGGUCAUUCGAUGGCUAUAUUCUUACCUCGCAGGCCAAAAACACGCGGUGAGAAAUGGACAAAAUAUAUCUUCGUGGCAAGAGUGCUGGACGGGAGUCCCACAAGGCAGCGUAUUAGCACCACUGCUAUUCUCACUCUUCAUCAACGACCUUCCCACGUGUCUGCGCUACUGCAAUCAUCUUUUCUACGCUAAUGAUAGUGUUAUUUAUCUCACCUGUAAAUUAAGCGAACUGGAAGAAAGUGUAACCAAGAUUAACAAAGAUCUUGCGGCAAUUAUGGAGUGGUGCAAGGAAAAUAGACUCAAAAUGAAUGCCAUAAAAACAAAAGCGAUUAUCUUCGGCAGCGCCUUUAACAUUAAUUCCAUAAAUGUCGAUCAGCUACCAAAACGUAUACUGGGCGAGGAAGAAAUAGAAUACGUUGACAACUUCAAGUAUCUAGGAGUCUUGCUCGACCCGAGGCUCUCAUGGACUUAUCAGGUCACAAGAGUAUGCAACUCAGCGUCACGAACACUAUACCGUCUUCGCCAAUCCGUAAAUGAGGUCGGGGUGUCAUUGAAGCGACAGCUGGUCGUCAGUCUGGUACUCCCAAUAUUUGACUACUGUGCAACAGCUCUUACAAAUCUAAACCUUAACCUGGAGAAGAAGUUAUGUGUUGCGCUGAACAACUGUGCCAGAUUCGUACUGCGAAAACGACUUGGCGAGCACAUCAAUGGCCCGCGCUGUCUCUUCUACGGCAUCCUUGUACUCAACAAAAAUGCCCUGCUAGGAAAGCACAUCAGACUUAAUCAUAAUGUAGCCAGGCACAGAGAUAAUAACAGAACCGAUAUGCUAAUUGCGCCAAUUCUAAGGACAACUAUGUUCAAAAACUCAUUCAUAAUUACUGGCACUGAUCUCUGGAAUACGUUACCGCCGGACAUUACAACAGCAACAACACUGGAGGAAUUUAGGAAGCGAUGUUUCCGUUACCUUCACGCGAUGGAGCAAACAAACUACGAUUAG